AGGGGAGUUUUGUUAAGAGCCCUAGCUGACGCUUGGUCUGAACAUUAACACGCAUCACUUGCGGUAUGUUUUUGGAAGCGUAAGGACCUCCGCGAUAAAUAAGGUUAAAUUGAUAUACACAACUUUAUAGGGUUAGUGCUCCCACACGGCCAUAUCACCAUGUUACAGCGCGUGUUUACGGAAAACAGACGGAAGACCGUAGACUACCUGUGCUAAUUAUAUAUCUGAAUCUCACCUGUGUGUAAACAGAAGAUGGACGACACAAACGUGUGUCACUGAAAAAUACUGUCAGCGGCAACUGUGUUUAAAAAACGGUUAAAACAGUGUACAGGUCUGUCUGUACUGUGGCCAGCCCUGAGGGCAAUGAGGCUGUGACUUCCCUCCUGCAGCAGCCAUGACAGAGCUGGAGAUUGAUCAGUCCCACCUGCCACAGGUCCAGGAAGUGUGCCAUGUUUUUGCUGUCCUGGAGGAUGGAGCAUUGGCACAAAACCUACAGGAACAGGAAAUUGAGCAGUACUACACCACCAACAUCCAGAAGAACCAGCUGGUGCAGAAUGACAUCCGCAUCGCCAAGAGGCUGCAGGAUGAGGAGGAGGAACAGAGAGCUCAGCACAGAGCCCUGAGCCAGGCGUCGAGACAACUUGAGGAACAGGAUUCAGAGUAUGCCCGGAUGAUCCAGGAGGACAUCCAGAGAUGUGCUGAUGAGGAGGCUCUGAGGAGGGAGCAGGAGGACGAGGAAAUGGCUAAACACAUCCAGGAAGAGGAGGAGCUGAGGGUCAGACAGAGGAGCAGUGGGCAGGAGAGCCUCAGUGAUGGAGCCGCGCUGCAGCCGGAGGAGAGGGCGUGUCUGGACCUGGAGGAGCUGCACCAGGUGUUGCUGGAUGAGGAGCUGGCCAGGAGGCUGCAGAAGGAGGAGGAGAAGCUGUUGAGUAGGAACCCUCCAGCCCGUUCUUCCCACUCUCAACACGACUCCUACCCAGAGGGAGACUUCAGAGUCGCGCAAGUGGCUCAGGAUGAGGAAAUUGCCCGCUUCAUGCAGAAACAGGAAAUGCAGUCGAAGCACCAGUCACAUUACCUUAAUGGCCCGGGGUCACGACGUGAACAGCAUGACCUGGCUGACCCCCACGAAAGGAGAACUGUCAGAGAGAGACCGAUUCAGCGGGAGAGACUGGACUCUGAGGGCCUCCCAUCUCCUACUGAGGACUGCUGUCCAGACUAUCAGCCCCCUAGCCCCACCUCCACAACACUAUCACAACAGCCAAUCAGAAACAUUGCAGAGGACCUGGACCCAACUUUCAAGAACAGGAGACAAGGCAAGGAGAGCAUCAGAGCGGGACAGACCAUUUCUGGCCCAUCCUCCUGUCAGUCUCAUCCAAUCCCCCACUCCGGCUUACAUGACUUCAUGGAGGAGCCUACGUUCAUCCCGCCCACCAAGAGGCAAAGCGCCAAAUCAGGACGCGUCAAAUCCAAAGAGAAGAAGGAGAACUGUAAGCAGCAGUGAUGUCACAGUUAGAUAUACUGGGCCUGAGCGUACAGGGAACAACACCUCACCCCCCAUAUCCACUUACACCCCACACACUCCUAACACUACUUAACCUGGUCCCAAGAGGACUAUCUCCAGAUACUUGUAUUAUUAUUUAGUUGUCCCAACUAGCACUUUAACCAGUUAAGAAAUACAAUUGGGGAUUUUGUAUUUGUUGAAAUUACUGGUGUAGAUAAGACAACCAUUUGGAUUCAUAUAACCCAAUAUAAUUAUCAAAGGGAAUAAUUUAUAGUUGACCUGCCAAUUAUCUCUCGUCUUCUGUGUUGAUGAGACAAGGUUAAUAUAUAUCAGUAUAUGUUUGAUUGUUUGUUACUUUUAUUUGUGUUUUAUUAUUUAGUAUUAUUAAAGGGAUAC